AAAAUAUCCGAUAAAAUCAUUUUUCAGCAUUGAUUUUGGGCUCCUUGUCUUCAUAUUUGAUGCACAACAAUAUAAUGAUAUGCUGGUGAGCAACUGGCUGGUUCUCAAAAAUCUCCUUCAGAAUUGUAGCCAUUCAGGGGUUAAUAUUUUGUGGUCCUUUUGGCCCCCAAAACCGUGGCGAGACUGCGGAAUUCCCACCACGUACGCGUGAAAAGAGCAAACCUUGAACUUUAGAAACCAACAAAAAACCUAAAAGUCACUGUGUGGUUACAACUAAGUGUUUUCAUCCGUCUCGAUGGCAUUAUUUGGCCUUCCGUAUCAAUGUUAGGAUCUUUUUGGAAGGGAGGGGGCAUUACUACUCCAUUUAUAAACAACUCUGUGGUCAGUAGAAGACUUUACGCACUCGUCUUAGGGGUAAAACAGUGGAUUUGACUUUCGAAGUCUAAACUGAAUGCAGUGUUUGAUACCAGCAAAAUGGAUUUAAGUGUUCAUGCAGUUGUUUUGAUCGCAUUGACCAUUGGUUCCUUUGGAUGCGCCCGGACAGUCCCUUUCCAGAGACUUAGACGUCAAGCCUCAAACGCAAAACCAACACUAAAGGUGACCGAUUACCAUGUGCGGUGUUCUGUAGUAUCUCGCUAUGCUUUAACCACAGUGGAGAGCACAGUGUGGAACCAACACCACAUUACUAAAGAAGCUGCCUUUGAGGUGGAUUUGACUCCAUCCGCAUUUAUCUCCAACUUUACCAUCAUGUCAAAUGGUAAAGUCUAUGUGUCUGAGGUGAAGAUGAGAAAUGCUGCCAGGAAGAUGUAUGACGCAGCUAAGAAGCAGGGGAAAACAGCAGCACUUGUUGCCACUAAGGAACGGGAGAUCGAGAAGUUUCGUGUUGCAGUCAAUGUGCCACCCGGGGCUCGUGUGUCCUUCUCGCUGUCUUACGAGGAGCUGUUGUCACGUCGACUAGGACGCUAUGAGCUCACUCUGGGUCUGCGGCCUGGGCAGCCUGUGCAGAACCUCUCUCUGGAUGUCAGCAUAGCGGAGAGGACGAGCAUCAGCUUUGUCAGAGCUCUGCCACUGCGGACUAGCCGACUGCUCACCAACAAUGUUCAAGCAGAUGCAGAACCUCCCCCUUCAACUCAGGUCCAGCAGAAUCCCUACUGUGCACAUGUGCGCUACAAUCCCAACAUGCAGCAACAGAGAAACUUCUCUCCCAGAGGUCUCCACGCAGACUUUAUCAUUCAAUACGACGUGGAACUCAAAGACCCCAUGGGUGACAUCCAGGUGGAUGAUGGCUACUUUGUUCAUUACUUCGCACCCCGAGGUCUUCCAGUGGUUCCUAAAGACGUCAUCUUUGUCAAUGACAUCAGUGGCUCUAUGAUCGGCACAAAAAUCAAACAGACUAAGGCAGCUAUGAUGACCAUACUGAGCGACCUGCGUGAGGGUGAUUACUUCAAUCUCAUCACAUUCUCAGAUAAGGUCCACACCUGGAAGAAAGGACGCACCGUCAGGGCCACGCGGCAGAAUGUGCGAGAAGCCAAGGAAUUUGUCAGGAGCAUAAUCGCAGACGGCUGGACGAACAUCAACGCAGCUCUGCUGUCUGCGGCCCGACUACUGAAUCCUACCUCACCCUCAUCGUCACCCACUGAUCACCGUGUUCCCAUGAUCAUCUUUCUGACUGAUGGAGAAGCUACUAUUGGAGUGACGGAACCAGAUGUGAUUCUGCAAAAUGCACAGAACGCUUUGGGUUUAGCUUCAUUGUUUGGCCUGGCUUUUGGAGACGAUGCUGAUUUUCCUCUUUUGAGGAGGCUGGCCAUGGAGAAUCGUGGUAUGGCUCGGAUGGUAUAUGAGGAUGAAGACGCAGCCAUCCAGUUGAAAGGAUUCUACGAUGAAGUUGCCAGUCCUCUCCUGUCAGAUAUCCAGCUGUCCUAUCUACAUGAUCAGGCUUAUGAUGUCACUCGUACUCUCUUCCCCAACUACUUCCAAGGCUCCGAACUGGUGGUUACAGGACGACUUAAGCCGGGCGUACGAGAUCUGAAGGUUACGCUGACAGCGAGCGACUCAAAGCAAAAGGUGAAAGUGGAGAACGAGCUUCCGUUGACCCAAGCAGUCGUAAAUACUACAACAACAUAUCUAGGCUGUCCGCAGGCGCUGGAUGGUAUUCCCAGCUUCGUGCAUCGACUCUGGGCAUACUUCACUAUUAAGGAAUUGCUGGUGGCUAAAAUGAACACCACCGAUUUGCUCAUACAGCGUCUUCUUGUGGAUAAAGCCACCAAUUUGUCUCUAAAGUACAAUUUUGUUACACCCGUCACUUCUUUGGUGGUGGUAAAACCGGAUAUCGAUGAACCAGAACCAACUAGUUCUGCCAUGACGACCACAACUGGCAAGACCGCAGAUGGUAUCGUAUCAGGUUCGGCAAACGUGACAAAUCAGACAUCUCCCAAAAAAUCGAACUCUUCCUCAACUACCAAACCAAGCAAACCCACCGACUCGAAAUCUGUACGAGUACAUCCACCACCCUCAGGGCUUCAUACCACUGGACGACCACCCAAUACCUCUCUCUCCCAUCUUUUAUCAUUGAAGAAGACCACUACAGUGCCUAUUAACACCACUCCUACCACACCUUCCUGCAAACAGUCCUCCUCUCCUCCCAGCACCAUCAAAACCCCAGCAACCUCAGGUGUAGUUAGAAACACCCUGAAGAGUUCCAAGACUCCACCUAGCACAGUGAAGACCACUCCUUCCUCUCAACCGGUCAAAACCACAACACAAGCCACCUUAGGUAAAACCACACCGUUUGUGAAGGAGUCAUCAUUAACUGAAAUUGAGAACUCGACUACCUCAGGACUUCAGCAAAACCCACAGACACCACACACCAAAACAGCAUCCACGACAGAUGCAGAUUCAGAUGUUGAGCUGGAAGUGGCCACACUGCUGGCUCCAAGUUUUAUGCCUAUGCAAGGAAUGACAGAUGCACCUAAAUUGUGGGAAGCCUCUCGUGUAUUGGACGCCUCUUCUACCAUCCAUAUUCAACAGAAAGAUAUUGAUCUUGUUAAAGAUUACAGUGCAGCACAAGACUACGAUUAUGACUACAACAUCCAUUAUGAUUCAUAUUCAGAUGCUGAGGAAGUUGACCUAGACAACUCACUCAGUUUAAACUCAGCCAGAUUAUUUUCUUCAUCAGUGGAUGGAGACCCUCACUUUGUUGUUCGGCUCCCAAAAAUGCACCAGAACUUGUGUUUUACCAUUGAUGGAAGGGCUGAUGAUGUGCUACGCCUCCUGGAGGACCCAGACAAUGGUAUUAUUGUGGAUGGGCAUCUGAUGCUGGCUCCUCCUAAGGAAGGGAUGGAGAAUCGUACUCGAACAUUCUUUGACAGGAUUACCAUAACCGCUGCCAAUAGUGGCUUCAUGGUCACAUUAACAGUGGACUUAGUGGAAGUAGAGAUCAAAGGGAAGGGACUCGAGAUGCUGCCCACCAAUCAGCAUGGAUCUUUAGAAAAACAAGGCUUGAGAAUCACAGUGAAUGAACGCCACAGCUGUUGGAUUGCUCUUGGGACGGAGGUGCAGUUCCUCGUUCUAUUCCAUCGCUAUAACCACCCCAAAUACUUUCAGGUGGAGCACCUGGGCUUCUAUAUUACUGAAGGCAUGGGGCUUUCUCAGCGAAGUCAAGGGCUGCUGGGCCAGUUUCUACAAAACCAUAUAGAGGUGAUAAAGGUCACAGACCAGGCUGGUUUUCAUCAUGCCCAAACAAAUAAGAAAGGCUCACUGGCCAUGGGAUUGUUAAAGAAAGGAGAUGAGCAUUUUCCUGUCACCCUACAGGACAAAAACCUGAAGGAUUCAUCCAAAAAACGACACUCUGUUCAUUGUUGGGUCGUAUCAAAGGUAGAUGCAGAGAGACUUUUGGGCAGUUCCUAUCAGAGCUACGUUGUGGAUUACCAAUAAAUAAUCCCUCAAUUGUAGCUCAUGUUUCUGUAUCUACAGAGUUAGAGGAGAUGCAUAAAGGACAAUGAAAUGGUAUUAAUAUUUCAAAAAAUAGUAUUCUCACUGUGAUUAAAAUUAUUUAAAACAUUAAGCAAAGAUUUUCUAAGCUUCUAUUUAGUUUGCAUAAAUAUAUGUAUAUAUGCUUCCAUUUUAAAUGUCAAAAAUACAAUUGAAUAUAUUUAAAAUCAUAUAACAGAAGAUCACUGUGUAAAGAUAUAGACUGAUACUAAACUACUGUAAAUUAGUCAUUAAAAUCAGAUGCUCAACUUUGGUUAGAAAUAAAACAU